AUGGGCGCCUUGCUUUCGCUUGUGUUCAACGUCUACAGCUUUGCUAGCCUUUUGUAUCCACCAUCACCUCGUUUCAGCGUGGACGACAUUCCUGACUUGGGUGGACAGGUCGUAAUCGUAACAGGCGGUUAUGCGGGGAUUGGGAAGGAGACCGUGAAGGCACUGCUACAACGCAACGCAAAAGUCUACGUAGCUGGCCGCGAUAAGUCCAAGGCGGCAUCAGUGCUCGCCGAUCUCGCUGCAACGACCGGGAACGAGCCUCUUUUCCUCGAACUCGAUCUUGCGAGCCUGAAGUCCGUAAAACAUGCGGCUGACGAGUUCAUGAGCAAGGAGAGAGAGCUUCAUAUGCUGUUCAACAACGCCGGAGUGAUGUAUCCUCCACGUGAGCUAGUCACUGUAGAUGGUUAUGAUUUGCAAUUUGGCACCAACGUCAUCGGUCAUUUCUAUCUGACUGAACUGUUGACGCCUGCUCUCAUCGCCGGAAAGGAUAGCGCAAAGGACCAUCAUGCUCGUGUAAUCACCACAUCUUCUGGAGGGGCGUACUUCGGAAGUUUGAACUGGGACACAUUCAAAGAUGGCCCGGUUCGACGGGGAAUGUGGAUGCCCGGGGACCUCUACACGCAAAGCAAACUGGCCAACGUCGUUGUGGCACGGGAAGUCGCGAAACGAUAUGCAAAGGACGGUAUCAUAUCUGUGUCCGUCAACCCUGGUAAUAUCAAAAGCGAGUUACAGCGCCAUGUUCCUGCUGUUGUUCAGCGAGUGUUGGCGACUUUGAUUCUGUAUCCAACUCCGUACGGCGCAUUGACUCAGCUUUGGGCGGGAACGAUGCCCGAGGUACUUAAUUACAAUGGAGAGUACUUGGUACCGUGGGCACGACUCGGGAGGUGCAAGGUAGAAGCUUACGACCCGGUGAUCGGCGAACGCUUGUGGGCAUGGCUCAAAGAACAAGUGAAAGGAGUCACAGUCUCCGAACCCUAG